AUGCCGGUGCCUCCUACUCCGCCUGAUGCCCGGGCAGUAUUCUUCGACAAGAUAGUUCAACGCACUACAGGCUUAUUGCCUGUCCCUGCCGUCAGCAAGCAUGGAAGCAAGUCGCUGCCUCCUAGGGUUUGCCUCCGCCGCAGCCGUCGGCUUGCUGGCGCCGAGGCCGAUGUGGUCCCUACUGACAUGGGAGGAAGAGUACAGAAGAAGGCGAUGAGGUCUCUCGGCAUCAUUAACGAGCAUGAAGGUAUAAAUCAACAGGCCCAGAACGAUUAUGCAAAGCUGUUUGGGCAACCGCUCUCAGACUCUCAUCUUCAGGCUCUGACUGCAUUGUUUUUUUGGUCUCUCCCUGAGGAGCUGGAGCCUGGGAGUGAUGAUGUACUGAUGGAGACUAAGAUCACAGCCAUAUCCCAAAGGGUCAUUCUCUCUGCUCUCGGGUCUGAUUUCACAGGAUACUUAGCUCUGCCCUCUGUUGGGGCUAGUGGUGGUAUUCUAGUCGCUUGGAGGCACCAUGUGGGCAUCUCAGGUGCUCAGAGGGUGGACAACUUUAGUAUGUCCAUUCAAUUCUCCACGGAUAAUGGACAGACAUGGUGGCUGACCUGCGUUUAUGGACCACAGGGGAAUGAGGAUAAGAUUCAGUUUCUUCAGGAGCUUCGUGACAUCCGGGCGACCUGUCAAGGGCCUUGGAUGAUAGCAGGAGAUUUCAAUUUGAUUUACAAGGAUGAGGAUAAGAACAAUGUCAACUACAAUAGGGCUAUGAUGGGUCGGUUCAGGCGAUUCAUUAAUGAUCUGGCCCUCAAAGAAAUCCCCCUCCAUGGUCGCAAAUACACUUGGUCUAAUCAGCAAGAUUCCCCUACUUUGGUAAAAUUGGACAGGGUUCUUUGCUCUGUAGACUGGGAGGAUAAAUUUCCUAAUUGUUUGCUUCAAAGUUUGGCUUCAGAAGACUCUGAUCACUGCCCACUCUUGCUGGGACUUCAGAACAAUAAAGUAGGAAGGCGCAGAUUUCAUUUUGAGUCUUUCUGGACCAUACUGGAUGGUUUUCAGGAGGCGGUGGCUGCAGCCUGGAUGUCAGUUCCUACUGGCUCCUGCCCCUACUUAACUCUAAGCCAGAAGUUUAAGGCAACCGCUAAGGGAUUACAGAGAUGGAGCAGCAAAAAGGAGAAUUGUGGCUGA